CUAUUGUGUCGUGAAGUAUUUAACUGAGGGUUUUCGUACAAUUACCAGUCCUUUCCUACCGAAAACUCCCCUGCCAGAGGGCACAAGGAUGACAAGCCCAGCUGGACAGCGGAAGGACGCAUAGCGAUUCAAAUCACUGGUGCCGACGUCUUCCAGGUUUAUAACGCGUUCAUGGCACUCCAAUACACACCCAACAUACCGCCCGAAGACUCCGACGCCAUCAUAUCGAAUGCCGCACCCCUUCUGGAGUCGUUUCGUUGCCAAAAAUGGCCUGCCGUGACCUUGGACUACUUUCCAACGUCGAUACCCUACCAAAGCGCUAAUGAGACGGGCAAGCCCGACUGCGCCAUCGUGUUCGCCAAUUGCCUGGGCGAGGGACUAAUGUUUCUCACACACCACCGCAUAAUCGAAACUAACUGUGGAAGUGUCCCAUUUCUUCCCGCCUCAAUCACACCCGGAGAGCUCCCAGUCAUGGCCAUGUAUGCAAACACCGACAUGAUCCCUUUCUGCAUUUAUCCCGCCACCAUGACGUACUUGUACAACCAUGAUCAGUCGGAGCUCUUCUUCGCAGUGGUCGGACAUGUCUUUCCGCCCUGGAAUCCUCUCCUCUUUCCUGCUGGCCAGCGGAUGACAUCCGCCCCUCCGACCAUUAUUGCCGAUGACGUCUUGGAGGUCGUUGCCAGGCGUCUUAUGGAGCACAUUACGCCGAAGCAACUGGAGUCGCUCAAGAUCCAUGUCGAAGGGUUCUCCCAUAUCUGGUUAUCGCUCAACAUCACCGACUUGGGCUUCCAGGAGGUCGUCUUGACUUCUCUCGAGAUCGUCAACAAAGCUCCCAACGGGGGAUAUCAGGCUGUAAUUGAUGAUCUAUUUGGAUCGGCAGACCUAUUGGAUGGGGAGACCCAGCUGAAUUGAUGGGAUCGGAUGAAUCGUUCGAGUUGGAUGAGCGGGUUGAGCUGGACUGUCAUGCCAAGGAGGCGUCGAAUAAACGAUCGCGAACGCAUUGUGCCUCGACCGUGCCCAUUCUCCCAAUUUUGUUGCAGCAUCACUUCGUUUAUUCGAUUACAUACUCAGGAUUUUCUUAUGUAGUAUUGAUACAAUCACUAUUUCUAUGACAGCUUCUUCGACAUUGUUCAUUUACGGUCUAGUAUGAUAUAAGUAUACACCAGGAAUACAAGGAUGUAUCACUACCUCACAGAUGCUGAAGCAAUAUAUUACUUCUACCCUAAGGCUUGUUGCUACGCUCAAUGCCUUCAUCGACAUCUUUUGACACUUUACAAAUGUCUGAAUGAUGUGUGUGUCUCGAGUUAGACUCAGACUCAGAGGU